GUUACGCGAUAAUAGCUGGUGAGGCGGAGCGGUCGUUGAACUGAUUUAAUGGCAGUUGCGGAUUAACAGGAGCGAACGGGGGGGGGGGGGUAUAUAGCGGAAGGCUGUUGGUGGUGGAGGUGACGGGGUCGUGACCGAGGAUGCAUGUCCAUAGGAUGUCAGACACUGCAUACUAGGAGACAGCAACUGCCGUAGACUUUAUGGAAGAGCAAGAUUAGUCAAACUGACUCAUUAGUCAUAUGACCAAUGAUGGCAUCCUAUUUAGCACAAGAAGUUCAGCUUGCUAAAAGGCUUGAAGAAACACUGUCUCAGAGAUCACUGUUGCUUCAGCAAAUGGAGAAUAAUCUAGGAGACAGAGAGGCUGAGAAGACAUGGCAAAUGCAAGAAGCUGAUGCUGCUCAUAAAAGAAAUGUAGUACUUUUAAAUGAUAUAGAAGCAGCCGAGAAAAAACUGCAGGCAAGAGAGCACUUACUUCUACACCCUAAUACCGUUAUUCUCCAGACUCUUUACUGGACGAAAAUAGAAGAAUCCAUUCCCAAGUGGGAGCCAUUUUUUCUCGGAAGAACUCAAGCCCCUGUUGGUAUUAGAAAAAUCAAGCAAUAAAGCAGAACAUAACCUCCCCCCCCCCAAUGGAUCAAUAUCAAGAUAGAUGGGAAACAAAAGUCAGACUUUGUUCAUUGUUUGGAAUGUAUUCAAGCGUCCAGACACUGGAACAUUAAAUUACAAUGUAAUUGUUUGCUGUGUAAGCACACCAGUUCGAAAUCUGCAUGGAGAAUUCUCCAUAACAGACAAAUGUAUGAGAGGCAGUAUAAUGCAAAGGUCAGAGUAUCAUAUUAAAACUGGGGAGAUCUAGGUUCACAUCCUUACCCAGGUAUAAAAGUUUCCUGGGUGAUCCUGAUCCAGUCACACAGUCUCUUAGUUGUUCACCUGAUCAUUGUGAGGAUAAAAUGGAGAAAGGGAGAACUAUGUACAGCACCCUGAGUUCCUUGGAGAAAGGCUAGGAAGAUGGUCUGUAUGCUGAAAGUAUCAAAUACAGAUGACACACUGAAAUAUGGAAAAUGACCAGUUGAACUAAUGUUCAGAAUAAGGAGGAGUGCAAUCAGCUUCAUCGAGGAAUUAUGUCUUUUGCCAUUAUAAGUGAAAUCAGAUUUAUCUGUCUGGUUGUUUGCAUUAUGAAAAGUUUUGUUGUGGUGAGGAGGGAGUGUAUAAUUUAUACCACAUUCAGGAGCUGAAUUUAGCUGGAAGGUGAAGGAUGCAGCUGAACUAGAAAAGCACUGACUUUGUGCAUUUCCUUUAAGUUGACCAUAUCUCUCCUUCCCAGUGACUAAUAAUAGGGUUAUAAUUACAGAUAAAGGUUUAAGAUUUGUACACAAUUUACUCUUAAUCUUAGACAUGGAGUUUUGCACUGUGAAGUAAGGAUCUUGGAAUCACAAGUGGAAGCAGGUAAGAGAUGUGGAGGCUGUCAAGUUGAGAUGUAAAGGAAAGAAUGGGCUUCAUUUUCAUAUUAGACUAGAGGCUUGUUAAUAGGUUGUUAUUCUGUUGAACUAAAGGAUCAUAUGCAUGGCCAAAUAACUGAUUUUGAAACAAUGGUGCCAAUUCAUAGGUUUACACAUACACUUGAAGAGUAAAUUAGGACAGGGACUUAUACCUCUGGGAUACAGUAACUUUCACCGACUGUAGACCCAUACAGGAGUUAAUACUGUCAAUGGUAUGACAUCAGUAGUGAUUUAGCUCUGUUCAUUUUAUAUGAUGCUGCUCUUAAAACCAGUGAACAUGCAGAUGUGCAUGUGCUCUCUUGCACCACUGUAAUACCUGUGACUUGCAGUAAGAUGUUUUAUCAGGAGAAGUGAAAUACAAAUAUUUUCAUCAUUUGUGUUGCCUAUCUCUGCCUUGUUCUCUGUUCAUCUACACAUUCUAGUCAAUGUUGCAUCAUUCCCUUCUAUCUCAAGCUUGAUUUUUUCCCCUGUUGGUGACCAAAAAGUUCUAAUUGGAUUAGUCCAGCAAACUUUGGCUCUACUGUAGGAACAUUUUUGAUUCUCAGAAAUCAUAACCCAGUCUGUAAAAUGGAAAGUCCACCUGUUGUCUUGCCAGCAGGCCAAAUGACUGCUCUUCUACACUUGGCACCUUAGGAGCCUGACUGCAUCUCCUAGACCUCUGCACACUCUCAUUUUGUCCUUUGAUUUACAAUUACAAAGGUAUCCAUCACACAGUUAUAUGCCUGGCUGCUCUUUUUUAUCAGUUAAUGAAUAAUGAUGAAUGUUGUGCGUAAAUAAAUAUUAGAUAUUCCCAAAA